CAGUCCAUUUCUCCCUCUACCUCGUUACUCUCUUCCUCUUUCCCUCCUCCCCAAUCUCUCUCUCUCUCUCUCUCUCUCUCUCUGCUUUACUUGCAGAGGUAUCUUGGUUGAGAAUCAUCAUCGAUAGAGAUCACGCGAUCUUCUCCUUGAUCCUUACAUUCUCCUUUCUGGGUCUUUGACUGGGGAGUAGGAACCAUAAGUCGCCAGAGAGUCAUGGCUAAUACUGCGGCAGCCUGUGCGGAGAGGGCCAUGAGCGAGAAGUUGACUGGUCCUGACUGGGCUUUAAAUAUUGAAGUCUGCGAUAUCAUUAACACUGAUCCGAGGCAAGCAAAGGAUGCUCUGAAGAUACUCAAAAAGCGCCUCACCAGUAAAAAUGCUAAGAUCCAGCUUCUUGCCCUUUUUUUACUGGAGACGCUAAGCAAAAAUUGUGGCGAGAAUGUCUUUCAGCAGAUAGUCGAACGCAAUAUAUUGCAUGAAAUGGUCAAAAUUGUGAAGAAGAAGCCUGAGCUAAAUGUCAGGGAGAAGAUAUUGAUCCUGAUAGACACAUGGCAAGAAGCCUUGGGGGGACCUGAUGGUAGAUUUCCCCAGUACUUCAGUGCAUAUAACGAAUUAACGGCUGCUGGGGUUGAGUUUCCGCCGCGUGAAGAGAACAGUGUGCCAAUUUUCACUCCCCCACAGACCCAGCCAGUAACUACAGUUCAACAUCCUUCGGUGUCAGCAUUUGAAGAUGAUGUUGCUAUUCAGGCCUCUCUCCAGCCUGAUGCUUCGGGUCUUAGCUUGCCAGAGAUAAAGAAUGCUGAGGGUCUGGCAGAUGUUCUGAUGGAGAUGCUUGGGGCGUUGGAUUCAAGAAAACCUGAGGCUCUGAAGGACGAAAUUAUUGUAGACCUUGUUGAUCAGUGCCGUUCUUACCAGAAGCGUGUCAUGCUUCUUGUGAACAAUACUGUAGAUGAGGAGCUUCUCUGUCAGGGGCUGGCACUGAAUGACAGUUUACAGAGAGUACUUAAUCGCCAUGAUGAGAUUGCCCGAGGAGCUCCUAACACUGGUGUUGGAGCCAGGACUGAGACUUCGAGCAUGCCAAUGCCAUUUGUGAAUGUUAGCCAUGAAGAUGAUGAGUCUGAAGAAGAAUUCUCACAGCUAUCUCACAGGUCAUCAUCAAGAGACAAUGGGAUGAGCCGGAAGCCAUCAAAUUCCAAGGCCGAACGACAUUGGGACGAAGAGCCAAUCCUGCCUCCUCCUCCCCCACCGAAUUUUUCUCCCCUGUCGAAGAGGACCACCUCUUCUGAUUCGGGUGUGGUUGACUAUCUCAGCGGUGACCUCUACAGAUCCACCGAAUCCCCUCACUCAAGCUCUGCCCCAUUCUCAGUCCCCAACCACUCGAACCCAACCUCCGCAUCUCCUCCAUUGACCUCGAUGAUGAAGCCCUCUUCGUCCCCACAGCCCAUCUUAUCGGGCCAGCCUGUUUAUGAUGAGCCUCGACCGGCUGCUUCCUCUUGGGAGCCCUCAACUGGUGCCCAGGCUAUUCCGCCCCCUCCUUCACGGCACAACCAGAGGCAGCAGUACUUCGAAAAGCAACAUCAGGGAAGCUCCCAUUCGAGCAGUGGCUCAGGCUCCUCCUACGAUAGCCUAGUGAACCAGGCCCAGGGCCUCAGCCUCAACUCCUCUGCUCAGACCAAGCCCACAAAACAGGAGGACGCCCUCUUCAAGGAUCUCUUGGAUUUCGCCAAGGCCAAGUCAUCAUCGCCGUCUUCCUCCUCAUCUAAGCCCAAUCGGUCCUUCUGAUUGGUUCUCGUGCAUCGUCUGGUCAGGGUUUUGGCUGUUGAUAUUACGAUCCCGUCCGAGUUUUAUAUGGUGUGUUGAAAUUUGAAUAAAUUUUUAGAGGGAUAUCUGGACGCGAGUCUGUCUAUAUGAUUAGAGGGUUGUUGUGGAGAUUCUUUCCCCGCUCAUGUUUGACUAUUUUAUCGUGUAUAAAAUAUUAACAUUUUUCCUUAUUAUUGUUAUUAGAUGUCCAAUAUUGGUGGUCAUAACUAAUAAGAGCAAAUUUUGUUCACC